GCAUCGCUCGCGCGCUCGUCUGUGUAUGUGUAUAUAUAUAUAUACAUAUAUAUAUAUAUAUAUACACGUUGUGCUCGCGCCGAACGUAAUCCGUCCCGUUUUCUCUCCUUCGUCCCGCACCGACCGAUCGCCGUUUUAGGUCAUUUACCAGUCCGCGGCGCGCGAACACCGAACCCUGCCGCCGCCAAUCGUUCGCUCCGGGUCCCGCGACCGACCGGAAAACCUUUUUUUCGAAAGCGCUACAGCGUCAGGCGUGGUGCGUGUCUCUCGCGUUCGGUCGGUCGAAACACGCGAUAACCGUUUGCUGUUGCCAGCACGUCGAAUCGUGUUAUCGUCGGCACGCCGUCCACCGGAACCUCGUAUUUCACUCGAUAUUUUCCUCCCCCUCGACACCGGUAAGUCUACGGUAUCAUUUAAAUAGAUGCACCAUUGAAGUUGAUUUAACUUACAACGUUUGUGGUUCGUUUAAUUGAUAUGGAGAGUGCACCUACUGUGUCACAAGAGCCUUCUGUUGACAAAGUUACUCAGGCUAGUAAUCAAAAAGAUUCACAAUGUGCUUCUUCUAAUGCUACUAUGGAAACAUUGUCCAAUCCAUUAAAUACAUCUGAUAGCACUGAGUUUGUAGCCACUCAAGCUUCUGAGAUAGACAGUAUAGUUGAUUUAAAUCUUAACUCUAAUGAUAAAAACCGUAAGAAGAAAGACCGUCAUUUGGCUCAAGCUUUAAAAACAGUAUUAAACAGUAUGAAUUCAUUAAGCACACCAGAAGAAAAGUUAGCGGCUUUAUGCAUUAAAUAUGCAGAUCUAAUGGAAGAAAACACUAAGUUAAAAACUGCUUAUAAGCAAACUGAAAAAAGGGUAACACAAGCAAUUAAUGAACGUGAUGUAAUUAGAGGUGAAAUGAAUAAAGCAGUAUUGACAAGAAGUAGAUUGGAGAGUUUGUGUAGAGAACUGCAGAAACAAAAUAAAGCAAUAAGAGAAGAGAGUCUGAAACGUGUAAAAGAAGCCGAAGAUAAACGCUUGGAAAUGACAAAUAAAUUUCAAAAUACCCUAAGUGAAAUAGCUACUGUAAUGCAACAAAAUAGUGAAAAAAAUAACAAGCUUCGAGAUGAUAAUAUGGAUAUGUCUUCUAGGCUUAAAAAUGUGUGCGAACAAUAUGAGCUUAGAGAACAGGUAAAUGGCGCUCAAGUAGUUAAGUUAGCUAAACAAAUUGAGCUUGAGACCCAAUUAUGUGAUGCUAAACUGGCCAAAGCUACUAUGGAAAUCAGUGUAGAACGAGAAACUAUUUUAAAUGAAAAGACUCAAUUGUUGAAGGAAAUACGACAAUAUCAAACAAGAAUUGAAGAAAUGCAGAAUACUGAAAUAGACUUGCGAAAUCAAAUAUCUUUGUAUAAUGAGAAAUACGAAGAAUUUCAAAAUGCUUUAGCACGAAGUAAUAAAGUUUUUGCUGGAUUUAAAGGAGACAUGGAAUUAGUGAGGAAAAGUAAAUCUUUAUAUAAACUUAAAGUAUUUUGAUUAUUGCUUUUAAUUUAUAGAUGUCAAAAAAAAAUAGUUAAACAAGAAAAAGAGUCUGCCAGUUGGAAAAUGCGUUAUGAACGCUGCCAGCAACUAUUAGAUGAAAUGACCAAUGAACGUACUAGAAUGAUAAGUGAUUUGUCUGUAGCAACUCGACAAUUAAGUACCUUGCAAAAAUUAUGCCGAACUCUUCACUCUGAAAGGCAGUCACUUUUAUCUAAAUUAGAACAUGAUAAAAAAAUGCCAGAAUUACCUCCAGAUGCAGUAUCAGGAGAACUAGCUGAUCGUUUUAGUGAAGUCAGCAUGUCUGCAGUUGCUGAGUGGUUUUCUCGUCCAGAUAAUGCAAAAUCUAAACCUGAUCAGUUAAAAGAAACAUUACAGACAGUCAUUGAAAACCAGUUUAAAUUAACCAAGGAUUCAGCUGAGCCACAACUACAAGUAAAUGGAGAAGACUUGUCACCUGAAUCACCUUCAUCAACUCGAUCACCUACUUCUGAUGAACCAGCUUACGAUACUGGUGUAAGUAGUGGUUCAUCAGUUAAUGGAGACAAAGUAGAAUGUGUUGUUGAAAAUAAGUCAGUUGAUGAAGAGGAGCCCAAAAAAGCUAAUACAAAAAAGGCUAAGGAAACUCAAUCGAAAAGGAAGGCAAAGAAAACGUAGUAAUAUUUUUCUUUGUUUAACUUGUAGUAGUUCACUUAUAUUAAAUUUAUAUCUGAAUAUUGGACCUGUGAAUCAGUGUUAAUUUUUCACUGAACAAAAUUAUUAUUUUUGUUUUAAUUUCAAGCCUUUAUUUAAUUAAAUACUAUUAAAGACCAUACA